AUGACGCUCUCCGUUCAAGACGACGCGCUCUUCCUGGGCCUGGACUGCUCCACGCAGAGCAUGUCGGCUGUGGUCGUGGACGCGCGCGGCCACGUGGCGUUCGAGAGCUCCUUCCGCUUCGACGAGCGCUUCCCGCAGUACGGCACGGACAACGGCGUGCUGCGUCCCAAGGAGAACGAGGUGGUGAUCCCCUCGCUCAUGUUCGUCGAGUCGCUGGACGCCAUCCUGGAAGACCUGGCCAAGAGCCCGGUGGACGUGAGCAAGAUCAAGAGCGUCAGUGGCAGCGCGCAGCAGCAUGCCUCCGUCUACUGGAGCAAGGGCUUCUCGCUGGGUGCGUGCUUGGAUGCCGCCGCCGAGUCUGGUGCCGCCUCGAUGGUGGAGGCCAUGGAGAAGCAGCAGCAGCCUGCAUUCUGUCUACCGGACGGUCCCAGUUGGAUGGACAGCUCCACGACGCAAUACUGCUCUGAGCUGGAGGCCGCCGUGGGUGGAGCUGACCGCGUCGCUGAGAUAAGUGGCUCUCGAGCGUACGAACGCUUCACGGGCAACCAGAUCGCCAAGCGGAUCCACGAGGACCCCGAGUUCCUGGAGAAAUGCGGCCGCAUCGCCCUGGUAUCGUCGAUGCUGACUUCGCUGCUGUGUGGUGACUACACCCCCAUCGACGACAGUGAUGGAUCGGGCAUGAACCUCCUCGACGUGCGCGAGAGGGUGUGGUCUCCUGAGCUGGUGAAGGCCACCGCCAAGUAUAGCAGCUCUACGGACGCCCCCGAGAAGCUCAAGACGGCUCUGGGUUCGGAAGUUUCGCGCGCGUACUCCUCUGUUGGAGCUAUCCACGCCUACUUCCAGAAGAAAUAUGGUUUUGCUGCUGACUGCAAGGUGAUCCCGUUCUCCGGUGACAACCCGUGCACUCUCGCGGGCAUUGGUCUCUCUCAGCCCGGUGAUGUGGGUGUCUCGCUGGGGACGUCCAGCACACUCUUUGCGGUUGUGCCAACGGAGGCCGCGCGCUUCUCGGGACAAGAAGGCCACUUCUUCUGCAACCCGAUCGACCCGGACACUGUCAUGGCCAUGAUCUGCUUCAAGAACGGCUCGCUCACGCGCCAAGAAGUCCGCGACCGCCGCGCUGGUGCGUCGUGGGAGAAGUUCGAGGAGCUGAUGCACGUCACCAAGGCGGGCAACGGAGGCACCACGGCGUUUUACUACCAAGACCCGGAAAUCACGCCCUCGACUCUCAAGGCUGGAGUUGUCGGCUUCGAUGCCAGCAGUGCUCGCACCGACAUCUCGCUGGCCCCGCCUGAAGUGGAGGUGCGUGCGGUCGUGGAGAGCCAAUUCCUGUCGCUGCGUCUGCACGCCGAACGACUUGGAGUGAACAAGCCGCAGCGUCUGAUUGUGGUCGGCGGAGCCUCCGCGAACAAGUGCAUGCUGCAAGUGCUCGCGAACGUCUUCAACGCCCCCGUGUACCGCCUCACCUGCGCGUCCAACUCGGCUGCGCUGGGUGGCGCCUUCCGGGCCCGUCACGGGUACGCCUGUGCCAGCAAUGCCUCUGGUUACGUGCCGUUCGACGUGGCCGACAGUCUCGACUUCUCGCUGAGCGCCACGCCCAUCGACCAGGACGCCAAGACGUACACGGCCGAGCUCCCGCGCUUCGAAAGCCUCGAGAACCAGGCCGUCAGCCUGCUCAGCUAG